AUGAGCGGAUUGACCAUAAGAGUUAAAAGGGGAUCGAGGGGUAGUGCAACACUUCUCGAGGCAGCUAACAGAAUUCUUAAACUUCUUGGCGUCAGUUCUACGAAGCGCGGGAAACAGCCCUCAUCAAAAGCAAAGCCAAACGGCAAGUCUACAAGUGAAGUACGAGCUCCUAUAGCGACUACUGAAUCGACAGCAGAGUCGCCAGUAAAAAUGCAGGCAUCUCAAGCUGCAACUACUCCUGUUCCUACUCCUACUUCUACACACUCGUCGAGUCAGUCGUACAGACACACAAAGCGGACAGCAAAGGAUUAUAUAUUUGGAAAAUUGAUUGGUGACGGCUGUUAUAGCACAGUAUUUUUGGCGAAAGAUAUUCACACUGGCAAAGAGUAUGCAAUUAAAGUUUGUGAGAAGAGUCAUAUCGUACGCCAUCAGAAAGUACAGUAUGUUAAACGUGAAAAGGAUGCUCUAAACAUGCUUUUUAACAUCCCAUAUGGGUUUGUAAAACUUUACUGCACGUUUCAAGAUGAAGAGAGAUUAUAUUUUGUGCUUUCCUACGCGAAGAACGGCGAACUACUACAUUAUAUUAAUAAAGUGGGCUCCUUUGAGCUAAACGUUGCGAAAUACUAUGCUGCUGAAUUAUUAUUGGCUUUAGAAAAAAUGCACGCAAAGGGAAUAAUCCAUCGCGACUUGAAGCCGGAAAAUAUUUUAUUGGACGAAAACAUGCAUUUACAAAUCGCUGAUUUUGGUACAGUCAAAAUUCUUGAUCCCGAAAAAAUUAGAUCUUCUACGCCAACUGUGACCGAAGACCAGGAAUCAUCAUCGAACGUGAGAUCGAGAAAAAUAAGUUUUGUUGGAACAGCACAAUAUGUUAGUCCGGACCUAUUGCAAAAUCGCGUAGAUACACGUGCAUCAGAUUUAUGGGCUUUGGGUUGUAUUAUUUAUCAAAUGAUAUCGGGUCUACCGCCUUUCCGGGCGUCCAACGACUUUCUCACUUUUCAAAAAAUUCUUAAAAUGGAAUAUGAAUUCCCUGAAGGCUUUCCCGCCGAUGCCAAGGAUUUAGUAGAAAAAUUAUUAGUUUUAGACCACACUAAGAGGCUCGGAUCUAAUGACAAAGGUGAUACUUACGAAAGCAUUCGUCAGCAUCCAUUUUUCGAAGGCAUCGAUUGGGAAAAUAUUUAUGAACAGACGCCACCAAAGAUAAGCCCAUAUUUGCCCAGAGGAUCAUUUGAAGAGGAAUACACAGUGCCUGAUCACUUAGAGCCAGGGUUGGGGGGUAGACAAAUUCUACGUUUAUGGGAAUUCGAUCUAUCGACAUCUAGAGGAAUAUUAAAUAUCAGUCCCGAAGAAAAACGUCGUCGUCUCGAGGUUCAAGCUCGUGAAAAUAGAUGGCAUCAAUUUGUUGACGGAGAACUCAUAUUAAAACAAGGCCUUGUAGAAAAACGAAAGGGAUUAUUCGCAAGGCGCCGCAUGUUACUAUUGACGACGGGGCCGCGGCUGUUCUACGUCGACCCUGUCAACAUGGUACUCAAGGGGGAAAUACCUUGGUCGCCAGAGUUGCGUGUCGAGGCUAAGAACUUCAGAAUAUUUUUAGUGUACACGCCAAAUCGUACAUAUUACUUGGAGGAUCCGGAGGCGUACGCCCUGGAGUGGACGAGGGUGAUCGACGAGGUGCGCAUCGGCACGUACGGCCGGGACACGACC